CAUCAGCUGACCAGGAUGCUCUCUGCGCGCGCAGCUUCUCCUGUUCCCUUCGCCGCUGCCGGAGAGGCAGGGGGUAAAAAGGCUCAUACCGUCCCUGUCAUGGAGCGCUACGACAAGGCCGCCCUGAACGCGCUCUCGCCUCCCGAUCCCAGAAAUGAAACUUCAUUAGCUUCGACCCUAAGAACGCUCCUGUUCUUCACUACUUUAAUGAUUAUGUUACCCAUUGGGCUAUAUUUCUCAUCAAAGGUAUACGUAUUUGAAGGUUCCUUUGGAAUGUCAAGCAGAGACAGCUAUUUUUAUGCCGCAAUAGUUGCUGUGGUAGCUGUUCACGUCGUGCUCGCUCUUUUUGUCUACGUGGCAUGGAACGAAGGCUCACGGCAAUGGCGGGAAGGGAAGCAGGACUAAAAGUCGCCGCUGCAGCGUGGCAGGCAAGGAGAGGAUGUUUCCAGGUGGAGCGAAGCCCCAGAGUGUAAAGUCUAAUAGUCGGUGUUUGAAAUGGGACAAGAUGGGGUUGCAUCAUUCCCCCAUUCCAGUAGCAUUUGUAGUUUUUAAAUUACAGCUCUGACUUCAUGAGCCUCAAGACCUGGCAGAGUUGGGAAGACUAGAAGGGAGCCUCAACAGGACUACCCUGGAAUCAAUUUUCACAAUCUGUCUGCAGAGAGCUCCUGGGAAACAUUUGCUUGCUUAGUAACCUGCCUAGAACUGCUUUGAAAUGAACAUCUAGAUAAUUCGUAAAGUUGAACAUGAAGAAUUUCAGAGCUUCGCCAACAGAGUUUGGAUCAAAAAUAGUUGAAGUUCUUUUAAAUAGAUUUUAUUCCUGUGUCUUUUAGAUUGGGGGGGGGGUCAACUUCAGGAGCCUUGACUGACAGUAUGCUGGCUACACUUCAUGGUUAAACAGAACACCAGGUGCUUGAAAAAGUGGCUCCGUAUACUUUUUGAUGGAGAAGGAAGGAUGCAUUGAGUCCUGUCCAGGAGCUUGUAACUUCAGGCCACCUGUUAGCACAUUUUUGAAUGGUGGCUUUUAAUGUAGGAUACCUUUCCCCACAAAGUAUAGAGUCUACCCUAAUCUUGACUCUUAAUUCAGUUAUCCCCUUCCAAGAAAUGCUUUUCCUUAACAAUGGAAUGUUUUGCCUAAUUUCCAAGAACUGUGGUAGAAUUACCACUGGCAGCGUUACCAUAGAUUUCAGUAAUAGCGUUAGGCAGUCCUAAAAAUGUUUGUGCAUUGUUUGUUGAGACCCAAGAAUGUAUCUGUUUGUUAGUUCUACUUGGAGUAGGGCCAUUGAAUUUAGUGGACAUGAUUAACUUAGACCCGUUAAUUUCAGUGGGUCUGCUCUGACUAAAACUUGAGUGGAUAACACCCCCACUGUUUGUUUUAAUAAAUGUACCUGAUUUGUGUUGCCCUCUCACAACUGAUACUUUUAAAUAUCUUUAACAUUUCAUACUGUCACCUUUUCCAUAAUCUUGCCAAAUAGCCAUUGCUCUUCUUCCUCAACCUGUGUCUUUGUCGAUAAAUGAGUUUCUUAGCAUAGCUACGAAUGCAUGUGUAAUCAUGGACAAAUGCACAAAUCAUUUGAACAAAUUGCCACUUUUAUUGAUUAGACUGGUGGCAGCACUGAUCCAAAAUCACUUCUUGAUUUCACUGGAACCUGCUACACAGGAUUCAGCACACAAGCACAGCUGAAAUGCAGCAUUGUGCAGCUGGGAAUUGUACCUGUUUCAGUAGCUAAUGUGAAGUGCUGCUUAAGGACAAAUUUUUCCUUAAGGUGAAAUUAACUUCCACAACUUUCCUGAAUCUUGAAUAUUUUAUCAUUAUGCUUCCAAAGUUUUUACUCUGUUUUUAAAUCCUAACCUAAGAGAUAAAUCCUGGGAUUGAAAAUGUUUACAAAUGAGAACCUCCUACUUGUGUUACUAUAAAUCACUAGGAAUAUUUUAAAACGUAAGGAUGUAGAAUAGUGACAGUGUCUUAAGGGAGUCUGUAAAUAAGAUGUAUCCUUUUUAAAGGAGGAGGAAUCUAAUGUUGGGCAACAUGCUGCUGGUUCAUCUGAAUUGCAAAUUUAUUUUGUAGUAUAUUGUGUUGAAAUUUCUCUUUCCUUCCCUUAUCUAUGGAAUUGAUGUAUUAUGAACCUUUUUAAUAAAACAUAAGCAUAUAGCAUAAA